GAGAAUACUUCGCACCUUGUCGUCCGCCGGCCUCGUUACGUCAUCACCAGUUUGUGUGUGUGGAUGCCGCUUCGAGAUCAAUUCAAAACAUACAUGAAUUUAUAUGUCUAGUUUCAGAAGGGUGUCUAGAGAUUUUCUAUUGUUAGGCCUUUGACACGUAAGAUCAAGACAUUUCAAUGGCAGGUUUAAAGUAACUCAAGUUAGUGUUAUAUAACAGUGUAAGCUGAACGAUACUUCAUUUAGCAUGCUACGUCAAUGUAGAAGAGCUAGCUAGCCACCAUACGCUGUCUUCGGUCUUGACAACGUGAUCAACCAUUCUUCUGUAUUUAUAACGGAUUUGGAUCCUAUUCACUAUGAAGUGCCAUUAUGAAAUCUUGGGGGUGAAACGGGAUGCAGGAGACGAUGAUCUCAAGAAAGCCUAUCGCAGAUUGGCAUUGCAAUGGCAUCCUGACAAGAACUUGGACAAUGCUGAAGAGGCAUCAGAGCACUUCAAACUCAUCCAGGCAGCCUACGAGGUUCUGAGUGACCCGCAAGAAAGAGCCUGGUAUGAUAACCACAGGGAGGCCCUGCUGAAGGGAGGGGUGAGCGGGGAGUACAAGGACGACAGCGUGGACCUGCUGCGGUUCUUCACAGUCACCUGCUACUCCGGAUUCGGGGACGAUGAGAAGGGUUUCUACACUGUGUACCGCGGUGUGUUUGAGUCCAUUGUCAAUGAGGAGAUGGAGCACAGCAAGGAGGAAGACGAGGAUGACGAGGAAAGCUUCCCCUUCUUCGGAGACUCCCUGAGUGACUACGAUACGGUGGUGCACCUGUUCUACGGCUACUGGCAGAGCUUCUGCACGCGCAAGAACUUUGCCUGGAAGGAGGACUACGACACGCGGCAGGCGUCCAACCGCUGGGAGAAGCGCGCCAUGGAGAAGGAGAACAAGAAGGUGCGCGAGAAGAACCGCAAGGAGCGCAACGAGCUGGUGCGCCAGCUGGUGGCGUACGUGCGCAAGCGGGACCGCCGCGUGCAGGCCCACAAGGUGCUGGUGGAGGAGCAGAACGCUGAGAAGGCCAAGAAGGCGGAGGAGCUGCGGCGGCAGCAGAAGCUGAACCAUGCCAAGCUCGCGGGGGAGUACAAGGAGCAGAGCUGGGCGGCCAUGUCGGAGCUGGAGAAGGAGCUGCAGCAGAUGGAGGCGCAGUACGGGAAGGAGUUCGGGGACGCCUCGGAGAGCGAGGAGGAGGAGGAGAGCGUCGACGGGCAGGCGAAAACCAACGGAGGAGAAGGCGGACCUGAUGAUGAUGAUGAGUUGGCGGUUGAAUACUAUGAUGACCUUUACUGUCCUGCGUGUGAUAAAUCCUUCAAGUCGGACAAAGCAAUGCUGAACCACGAGAAAUCCAAAAAGCACAAGGAGUUGGCGGCGUUACUACGGCAACAGCUCGAGGAGGAAGAUGACAUGCUUGGCCUGAACUCUGAACGGAAAAGCAAGGGAGAGGAGGAGGAGGAAGAGGAGGAAGAGGUUGAAGAGCAGGGGCCAAGGACGAAGCUGUCCAAAAAGCAGAAGAAGAAGAAGAAACAGAAGAAGGCGGAGCAACAGAAAACUGCAGAAGUGGGAGAGGUGGUGGAGGAGACGAAGGAAGAGAAGGAGGAGAAGAAGGAAGAGGGGGAGACGAAGGCAGAAGAGUCAGCCCAAUCGCCCGAAUCGGCCCAGUCCCAGUGUAAAGAUGAGUCCGAACCAACGAACGCGUCCACACCGGAGUCCCACGGCCAGGCUACCCCUCCCCCCACAGAGGUCAAAAGCAGCUCUCCAGCUGUGACCAAGGGAAAGAAGGCAGGAGGAAAGGAGAAGAAGAUUGUCCCGAUGAGCUCCACAGAGAAUAACCAUGAGAAGGACGGCAUCAUGCACUGCGUCACCUGCCACUACGAGUUCUCCACCAGGAACAAGCUGUUUGACCACCUCAAGACCACCGGCCAUGCCACGCCCCUCUCCUCAUCUGGCUCCGCCCCCAAGAGCAAGAAGGAAAAAAAGAAAGCCAGAUAACAGAUCGAGUGCAGGACCCCAGAAGGGGUUUGACUUUUGCAUGGAUCCGAAGAUGGAAAUUCCCCUUACCUCAGAGGGGAAGGGAAAAUGGACACACAAAGACAUCUCAACAAGUGCUUUGAGAUGCUUUUAGUUUUCCGUGUGGCGGUGUGUGUUGUGCAUUGUAUAUUUAAGAGAUUGGUUUUUCUGUACAUCGACAUGUCCUUUAUUAGAAAUAAUGCAUUUCAUCCUACGCCGGAAAGUAAGAAUUAGUAAGAAUAAGUAUUGCGUUGAUACUGGUGGUAUUCAGAAAUUGGAAGAGAAAAACAAUUCGUUCCAAUAGAUUCCGCUUCAUAUUUUCCUUUUCCGGUCGACAAUAGCAGGCUUUUUUAUUUUUCAUCAUUCACAGCAUGUGAAAUGCCAUAUACAUAUUGGACUGAAAUGUGCCCAAAUCAAACCUAAUUCUAGUACAAUCUGGGCUGUACAUGAUUAAAAAUGGGUGGUCAGUCCAUAGAAUAAUUUGUUAUAUCAAAUCAAAACAUAUACGUGCCAGACACCUAUAUUAAAAUCCAAAGUUGUACAAUGAAAGUAAAGAAGUAUAAUUUGUCAAUCAUAAAGUGUGUCUGUAGUAGUAGGUGCUAGGGUGAUUGACAGGUGGCU